CUUGUGGCAGUAUUAUUUACCUUUGUUAUGUGUAUGAAAAUGUAUUUGGUGAUAUAUGUUGUCAAAUAUGAUUGGAGUCAAACGUUCACUGUUCAUGGCUAGGACUGUGAGGGAGGACAUCUGAGUGAUAGUGCAUAAUGAAAGGAUAAUUUUUCAGGAAUACACUUCGCCAGAUAGCUUGACGACAAAAUGGGCUUGUUGUUGAUGUGCGUUGUCAUAGUGAUAGCCGCAUCGGAACGAUUGGUCAGUGCUGAUGACCAGCAGCAACUGGGACUGUCAAGGGCGUCUUCCACUUUCUCCCAGAAUCUCUACCAGAAGGUGGCUGUCAAAGAAACUAAUGUCGUUUAUUCACCUUACAGCAUUCACUCGGCCUUGACCAUGACCUACCUAGGUGCCAAAGGGACGACGGCCACUGAGAUGACCCAGGUGCUGGGUUUUAAAUCUGUCAGCAGCCCUCAUCAGACUUACCAUGACCUCAUUGCAGACUGGAACUCCCAACAUUCCGUCGAAGUCCACACUUGUAACGCCAUAUUCAUUAACCCUUAUGAGAUGGUCCUACCCACCUUCAUAGACCAGACCCGCGACUACUACCUGGCCACUGCCGACAGCCUUGACCUUCAGGAGCCAGAGAAGGCCAUCAACGUCCUGGUAGCCAACAAGACCAAUAAUGUCAUUCCCCAGAUGUUGAAACCAGGCACGCUCGAUGCCAGCACAGUUCUAGUCUUGGUCAAUGUGCUCUUCUUUAACGGGACAUGGGCCAGACAAUUCAGAAGAGCGUCCACUACGCAAGCAGACUUUCACCAGAUUGGCGGAACAACUUCAAAGGUGGACAUGAUGCAUGAUUUCGAGAGCCAUAAGCGAGUGAAGAGAGACAACACGAAUGAUUUGGACGUAGUUGCAUUAUCUUUCCUUGGGGAUAGAUUUUCUUUAUAUGUCGCUGUGCCUCGUAAAGGUGAUGGAAUUACUUCACUGGAGACUCUACUGUCCAGUCCACAGAAUGCUGAGCAACUCUUUGAAGGGCUGGACUUUGAUUAUUUCCAUCUGAGUAUCCCGAAGUUUAAGAUUGAGACCUCACUGGAACUAGACAGCGUCCUCUCAGCCAUGGGCAUGGCAACAGCCUUCACCGCGGCCGCUGAUUUCAGUGGUAUCAAUGGCUCAGGCGGUCUAUAUAUCGACAAGGUCAUUCACAAGGCGGUCAUUGAUGUCCAGGAAACAGGAACCGUGGCCGCUGCGGCGACAGUCGUAUCAAUCAGCAAGGGAUUAUUUAUGUCCCCUGGGGCCCCAGUUGUUGCUGACCGCCCUUUUGUGUUCUUUCUGAGGGAUGACGUCACGGGACAGAUUCUGUUCCAGGGGAAAUUCUCCGGCUAGUUCGGUCACAGUGUUUAAGCUGCAGUAUUUUUUUUUUUCUCUUUCAAAUGCAACAAGGCUAAAAAUAGUUUGCCAGUAGGUUAUAUUUAGAUUUAGGUUAUAUUUAGAUGUGACGACGUUCUUGUUCUAUAUAUAGCUUACUCAUCCAGGGGAAAUAAUCCUUGUAAUAAGGUAUACAACUAAUUUAUUCACCACAGAAUUUGUACUUGAAUUGCCCGAGAUGUUUGCUUCUAAAUUUACCCUGCUAGUUUUACCUUCUCAAUAAACAAUUAUUCUUAAAAUGAA